UCACUUCCGGUCGGACUAGCCAAGAUGGCGGCGUUGUUAGACGACAGGGAGCUGCAGGGGAUCAGACAUCGUUUCCAGCUGCAGGCGGAGGCUGUGCUCCGGGAGACGGGGAGCGGGGAGCCCGUAGAUAUUUAUGAUGAUGAAAAGAAAAAGGAGAAGCCACUCCCUAGACUAAAUUUUCAUUCUGUGUUCUGGAUAUUGGCAGCUGCUUCACUGACGUACUAUGUUGAUUUUGUUCAAGUUGUUCAAGAUACUUUACAAGGAGGCUGUUGGUGGUUUUACACUGGGACUUUUACGCUAGCUGCCAGUUUAUCCAUUGCAUUGUAUUGCAUCGUUUAUCUGGAAUGGCAUUGUGGGUUCAGUGAUUAUGAUACAAGGUAUCCUGCAUUAGUUCCCAUCGCGAUAACUACUUUUAUAGCCACAGCGAUCUGCUACAAUGUUUCCCUAUGGUCAACAUGGUCAUUUUUUACUCCGUUGUUACUUUCUACUCAAUUUAUGGGAGUUGUGAUGCUGGUUUCUCUACUUGGUUGAACCCAUGAAGUUACUUAUGUACUGAUGAAGACUUGAAGUGGAGUGGAGAUACAGUCUGCUUUUUGUUAAGCUUUCUAUCACAGAUACAUAUUUGGCAUGGCAUGAAAAGGACUAGAAUUUUGUGAAUUACCUAACGCAAUAAAAAUCUACACCAUUUAGUUUUUUUGAGGUGCAUAUAUCUUGUGUACUUAACACAGGUGAUUAUUCUCAGAGCUGUAGAUGAACCAGGUAUCAUCCUUGGAACAUGCCGCAUGAGAAACAUAUAUUUAUGUAUCCAAAUGGUUAAAAAGUAAAUUGAUAGUUAUCUCUACUACUUACUAUGCACCCAUUUGUUGUUGAGAUUCUACCUUGAUGUAUUGUUGAAUUUAGUAUGUUCUAACAAAACGUCACUGUUAAUGUCAGUGUAACAUGCAUUACUUCAAUGAGAACUGUUUAUCUGGAAUGCGUCUGUCAUGUCAUUGACAAGUUCUAAGCUUCGCAAGUGCUCUUCAGAAUGAACGAUACAGAAAUGAACACAAGAUGCCUGAAAAGUAAAAUAGAUGAUUCAAACUGAUUGUACAGGUUUUUUUCUCCCUACAUUGUUAAUAAAAUGUGGUUUGAUUUUCUUAUAAAA